CUCAAAUGGUACAAUUAUCCGGACUUAAUAUCCGGAUAACACUUCCUUUUGAAUUGUAUGGUCACUUCCCGCGCAGCUAUGGCAUCAGCACAAGAGGAAGCGCCGCCCCUUCUGCCGACGCCGCUUGAAGUGCGCGCCCUGCAGCAACCUGAAAAGGUCGUGAUGCGAAAGAACUCCCUGGGACGUGACAAGCAUGAAGUGCUCACGGACGCCCGCGUGCUCAUCUUGUACACUGGCGGGACAUUUGGCAUGGCUCCAGACGCGGUUGGCACCCUUCAUCCCAAGUCGGGGUUCCUGGAGCAAAAGGUCAAGGAAAUGGACGAAUUCAAGUUUGGCGGGAUGCCCAAAGUCACGAUCAUCGAGUGGGAAGACCCGAUUGACUCGUCCGACAUGUCGCCAGCCGACUGGGGUCGCAUUGCACAGACGAUUGAAGAGCACUACUGGGACUACGACGGGUCCGUCCCAUGUCUUUGUUACGCCCUUCACUCACCUCCGUCGUCAUGCGUAGAUUCGUCGUGCUUCAAGGCACCGACACGAUGGCGUACACGGCGUCCGCCCUGUCGUUCAUGCUGGAAAGCUUGGGUAAACUGGUCGUGAUCUCUGGUGCGAUGAUUCCGCUGCAUUUUCCUCACAGUGACGCGCGGCGCAACCUCAUCAUGUCGGUGCUGUGCGCCGCGAGCCUCGAAAUUCCAGAGGUGUGCAUUUACUCGAACGACAAACUUCUGCGGGGCAACCGCACGACCAAGACGUUCAACAUGGCCGUGGACGCGUUCCACUCGCCCAACCAUCCUGUCUUGGCCUUGACGGGCGUCGAAACCAUUCUCGAACAUGGGCUCAUUCUGCCGUAUCCUCGCCGCCGAUUCAGCGCAUUUACAAAGCUUCACACCAACAUUUGCGUGUUCCACUUGGUCCCAGGCUUCGACGACGACUGCAUCACGGCGUAUAUUGAAAAGCACAAGCGCGACCAACCUGGGGCCAGCGCCAAAGCCAUGGUGUUUGCCUUGUACGGCACUGGCAACGCUCCGUUGAAGAAGGAUGGAUUCCUUCAAGUCAUCCAACACGCGUUGGAUGCCAACAUUGCCGUGUGUGUCACCACGCAGUGUCUCCACGGACGAACCCAAUUGGACACGUAUGCGACGGGUAUCAAGUUGCUUCAAAUGGGCGUGAUCACGUCGUACGAUAUGACAAUCGAGUCGUGUGUGACCAAACUCGCGUACCUCAUGGGCAAGGGGUACCGCGGCCCCGACCUGAAACUCAACAUGGAAACGGACCUCCGGGGGGAGUUGAGUGUACUGGAUGUGACGGGUGAAACGGACCUGACGCGGUCGUCCAGCCUGACGCAGAAGAAGGUCGUGAAGCGGAUGCUAUCGCAUUAGAUACUACCGUUGCUCUAGUAGUUUCUCUAGUAGUGGCUGUAGCAGUUGCUGUAGUAGUUGCUCUAGUAGUUGCUCUAGUAGUGGCUAUAGUAGUGGCUGUAGUAGUGGGGACUGACGUUAUAGCGAGGGAUCUCGAAUAGUAUACUAACGUUACUACACCA